UGGCCGCUCGGAGCCGCCGGUGCCGCCGGAGCCGCCGCGCCCGCGAUGGAGCCCAACAGCCCCCGCAAGAUCCAGUUCACGGUCCCGCUGCUGGAGCCGCACCUGGACCCGGAGGCGGCCGAGCAGAUCCGGAGGCGUCGGCCGACUCCGGCCAACCUCGUCCUGAGCAGUGACCAAUCGUCCCCAGAGAUCGACGAGGACCGGCUGCCCAACCCCCUGUUGAAGUCCGGCCUGGCCAUGUCCCCCCGGCAGAGGAAGAAAGUGGCCCGGAGCACCCCCACCAUGAAAGAGCUGCAGAUGAUGGUGGAGCAUCACCUGUGCAAGCAGGCGCAGGGCGGCGACGACGACGACGAGGUGGCGGCCACCGCUCGCUGCCACCACGGCGACCCCGAGCACCGGCACAGCCCCGGCGGCUCCUGCCCCGCCCAAGGUGGCCACCGGACACCCGGGGAUGGGACACCCCAGGCUGGGACCCCCCGGGCCGGGACCCCCCAGGCUGGGACCCCCCGGGCCGGGACCCCCGGGACCGCACGGCGCGGCCAGGCCGAGGACGGGACCCAUACAGAGCCUGGGGACAGCGCAGGCAGCGGCCAGUAGGUGUGACCGCAGCUGCCAGACGCCAGUGGAGAUUUUUUUAUUCCAUUUUCUAAGAUUUUGGGGCUGCCCAGAGUGAUUUUGGGAAUUUUAUUAUUUUAUUUUAUUUUAUUUUAUUUUAUUUUAUUUUAUUUUAUUUUAUUUUAUUUUAUUUUAUUUUAUUUUAUUUUAUUAUUUUAUUUUUUAUUUUAUUUUAUUCCCACGGGCAGGUCCCCACCAGGCGGGGGGAGGGAGGGGUCUGGGGACCCCCAGCCAGGGAUGUCCCCUCCCCCUGGGGACCUCAGGGUAGGUGACACUGGGGACAUCGAGCAGACCCCCCCUCACUGCCCCCCCCCCGCGGUCCCCAGGGCAGGUGACACUGGGGACACGGAUCACAUGACCGCCCCCCCCCCGUCACUCCCACCCUCGGGGUGUCCCCUGGGCCCCCCCCCACCUGUGCACACCUUGGGGCGGGGACACCAGGACACGGGGAGGGGACACGGGGAGGGGACAGGGACAGGCGCGUGCACAUGGACACGGG